AUGUCAUCUCGACGGAUAUUGACGCAGCUCCCGCGACAGAGCCUUCGUGUGUGGACAGUUCCGUGCCCCGCAUCGUUUUGUGGAACGCGUGCUGUGGUGUUUACAGGGUCGCGCUACCGCGCCGCGGCGCCGAACCACGCGCGUAUGGAAGUGCGCGGCUACUCCAUCCUCUCGAACACGAUCGCCAAGUUGCGCAAGAAAAAGGCCGUGGUGGAAGACAAACAUGUGAAUAAUGAACACAACGUGGUGGUGCAGAAUACUGGCGAUGAGCCGUUGCCCGCAGCGGUCACCGAUGAGAUCAUCGUGCUCUUGUCUGAGAUGCGCAAGUUGGUGCGCGCGCGCGUGGACCGCAACGCGCGCAACGCGCAGUUGUUAGAGAAGUUGAUGCGACUCUCGGAGCUUCACGCUGCGCACCUGUGCGGGAUCAACCCCAAGAACUUUCCCCUUAUUAACGACGUUGUCGUGAUGAUCGAUCACACGCGUUUCAGCGUGGAGGAGCACAAAAAGUUGUUUGCGGUGUGUAUGAACGGGAUGCACGACGUGGAAGACAAUGCCGAGUUUCUAAAGACUAUUUUCUUGAAGUUCCACAAAUCCAAGCUCAUUCUCACGCUAGACUUUGACGAAUUCAAGUACUUUGCGCGCUACGUCUCCUUUUUGGGUGACAAGGAGGUCUUGCAGAGCAUGUUCGGCGCGUACAUCGCGCGCCAGCUGCAGACCCCGGGCUUUGAUCCCGCGCAGACAAUUGAGUACGGCAUCUACCUCGAACAGGAAACGGGGUUGUUGGACGUUUGGGAGGCUAAGAAGUUUACCGAGAUGCGGUUGAAGUACGAUGUCUCAGACGCAAUUCAACCGCUUGUGGACUUCUACGCCUUCACGCUCAACCGUAACGCGACCAAGACAGAGCCUGUGCGCGCAAUGUUGGACGAUAUCCUCGCGACGUUGUUAAAGGACUACCCUGGCCGCUGGGGGUACUAUUUGCAGUUGGCUGCGUUUUCUAGUCAUUAUAACUACUGGGCGUUGUACAACCAGGUAACCGCGCACUUGCUCGCGGCGUUCAGUCGUGAGCCACGCGUCCUAGAGGAGCUCACUAUUCAAGAGCUUCGUGCGCUCUCGGCAAUCGCGAUGAAGCAGCGCGCGCGCGCGUUCGGAGACCUCCUCGUCGCACACAUUGAGGGCGCGCGCGACACGGACCUCACGAUCCAGAUAGCCUACGUCGAGCUCUUGUUGCAGUGGAAGUUCUACCGUAUGGAGGGAGAGGAUUUUACCGAAAUCUACGCCGCGAUCGAGGAUCUUUGUGCCUCGCGCCCGCAGCCCCGCGCGCGGUUCAAGACGCUCGACACGCACUUGUACAACACACUUGUCCAGACCGCGUUCUACGCAUGCAAGCCUCUCGCAACGGUUGAGGCGUUCAGCGUGCACCUCCAGCUGGAGUACACAUUGCAGCGUGACGAGGAGACCUUCUGGUUGUUGAUCAACCACGCUUUAGACACAAAGAACACCACGAAGGCGCUUGAAUACUUCGAGAACUCCUUCACUGAGGGUGUGUUGUGGAUGGAACUUGAGGGCAAAUACACGACGGUAGUGAACCGUUUGAUGAGACAACUUGGGGAAGACCUCCUUGCGAAAGGCAACUUUGCGGCCAAAGACGAUUGCAACACCAUCUGGCGGUGGUUCACGCGCUUAGACCAGAUUAAACAUAAGUUGGACGUGUACACGGCCGCGAUGUGGAUGCAACUCUUUCUUAAGAAUGAAAAGGAGUACGUGGGUAACGCUGUGACCAUUGCUGAGCACGUUUUGCCGCCGCUUCCGGAGAAGGGCGAGUUGAAUGAGAUCCUCCCGAAGGAAAAGGCGGACUUUGAAACGUACAAGCCGCUCUACGAUGUGUUAUAUGAUUAUACGCUCUCUUCCACGUUGGAUGCCAACAGGAACUGGUCUAUUUUGGGGUUCAUCGAUACCUUUUUCGUGAUUCCAGCAGAGAAUUACCUUCCGCUCAUGCGCAAGUUCUGCGAAAUGGACCGCCCCAACGCGGGGUUGAUUUUGUUCAAAAACAUGAAGCGUUACCAUCGGUUCUACGGUUUACCGCCGCCGAGCGAAGAGGUCUAUAUCUUUUUGUUUAACAAGUUUGGGGAGAUGUACUACGAAGAGGGCGUGGCACAGAUGCACAAGAUGAUGAACAUGGAAGUGGCGGUGCACAUCGACGCGCGCGUCAUGAACGCGGCACUCGCGGCACACGUCAACUUGCAGGACACGCUCGCCGCGCGUACGUUGUUCCACUCGAUGUUGGCCAUCCCCAAGGAAGUAGGUAUCAACGAGGAGACGGUGUCGAUCAUGAUGAAGAACUACGCGCUCUUGAGCAUCGGCUCAGCCAGACGCUUCUGGUCCAGUUUGUCUGACUUUGACAUCUUGCCGACCGCGGAUAACUACAAGUGGUUUAUUAUCGCGCACUGCCACGCGGGCUUGCCCGACGAGGCCUUGUUGAUCGCGCAAUCCAUGGAGGAGAACUACGUGGAGGUGACCGGGGACGUGUUGGCCACGUUGCACAACUGGACAAGCGACGCGGCCGCGCGCGCGGAGGUGGUGGCGUGGGCCUCUGCGCUGCAUCCGCAGUUGUGGGCACGUAUCGCGCACGACGGUUUGUUGACCAGCGGUGAAGAGAGCUUUGACCGAGACGACCCGAAGCGGAACGUCAAGUUGCUCGCCACUAGGGCGAUAGAGUAG